UUACCUUUUAUGAUGACAGUGGUACAUGGGAGACAGGCCAGAAAACAUGAGCUUAAUGGAUAUCACUAAAAUGUUCUCCAUGCUCCAGCCCAGAGAAGAUGAAGAUGACAAUGGAGAAAGCGAGGAGCUGAACCGAGCAGUGUCCGAGGACAAUUACCAAACCCUAGACAAGCUCUUGUCCCAGGACAGGUACAAGAGGGUCAUCAACCGCCGGAGCGGCUGGGGGGUGCCCAGCACCCCGCUGCGCCUGGCUGCCACCUGGGGCCGCGUCAGGAGCGUUAAGGUCCUCUUGGCCCAUGGGGCGGAGGUGGACAGCCUGGACGUCAAGGCUCAAACCCCGCUCUUCAUGGCGGUCAGCAACGGCCACCGGGAAUGCGUGAAGGUCCUCCUGGAUGCAGGGGCCAGCCCCAUCGGCAGCAUCUACAACAACUGCUCGCCGCUGCUCAUUGCCGCGAGGGACGGCAAUGUGGACAUCCUGCAGCAGCUCCUGGACCAUGGCGCAGAAGCCAACGUUCACGCGAGGGUGCCCGUGUGGGCUGCCAACUCGGUGACUUGCUCCGGUCCCCUCUACCUUGCUGCCGUGUACAGGCAUCUUGAAUGCUUUAAGAUGCUGUUGCUUUACGGUGCCGAUCCCAACUAUAACUGCACUGAGGAGAGCGUGAUUGCCCAGAUCAAGGAGCCCAAGACUCUGCUGGAAACCUGCCUGAGGCACGGCUGCAGGAGUGAGUUCAUCGAGCUGCUCAUUGACUUUGGAGCCAACGUCUACUUGCCCAACGUCAGGGCAGAGGAGACGGCACCCCGCAGCAAGGGGCUGGAGCUGCUGCUGCAGGCAAGAGCUCAUCCCAAGUCCUUGAUGUCUCAGUCCAGGCUGGUAACGAGACGCCUCCUGCAGCGGGCUGGCCGCCUGCAUGCGCUCAGCGAGCUGGACAUCCCCACGGUGCUGGCCAACUACCUCCGCUACCAGCCGUGA